ACUACUCAGAGUAACCUCAACUCCUGCCACAAUGUACAAGAUGCAACUCUUGGCUUGCAUCGCACUAACUCUUGCAGUCCUUGCAAACAGUGCACCUACUUCAAGCUCUAAGAGGGAAACACAGCAACAACUGAAGCAAUUACAGAUGGAUUUAAAGUUGCUUUUGGAAGGAGUUAAUAAUAACAAGAAUCCCAAACUCUCCAAGAUGCUCACAUUUAAAAUUAACAUGCCCAAGAAGGCCACAGAAUUGAAACAUCUUCAGUGUCUAGAAGAAGAACUCAAACCUCUGGAGGAAAUGCUAAAAAACUUUCUCUCGAAAGAUAUCAAGGAAUUAAUGAGCAAUAUCAAUGUAACAGUUCUGGGACUAAAGGGGUCUGAAACAAGAUUCACAUGUGAAUAUGAUGAUGAGACAGGAACAAUUGUAGAAUUUCUGAACAAAUGGAUUACCUUUUGUCAAAGCAUCUUCUCAACAAUGACUUGAUAAUUAAGUGCUUCCCAUUUAAAAUGCAUCAGGUUAUUUAUUUAAAUAUUUAAAAUUUAUAUUUAUUUUUUGAUUUUAUGGUUUGCUACCUUUUGUAACUGUUAGUCUUCGGAUGAUAAAUAUGGAUCUUUUAAGAUUCUUUUUUGUAAGCCC